UCACCUCAACACAUGUCUCGAGCAGAAUGAAGAUAUAACGACAACCAUCCAUUCAUUGUACUACCAACGAACCAACUAGAAAACUCUACAUAAUAGGACUGCUUUAUUAUAAGCCAAAAUUUAUCCACGCAAUCGAAUUCAAUCGCAAAUUCUCCUUGAACGAAAUACGAAUUUCUGCUCCAGACUCGAUGUACAGUUCGAGAAUCGACGGGCUAGAGGCAUCGAUUAAGUUCCAACGGGAGCUCAAUUUUCUUUUAGGAUAUAUACCAAUCUUUACUACAAAUUUGAGAGGGAGUUGAGCUAGAUAGAAAGUUAUUUCACUUCCAUCUGCCAAGUUUUACGACAGCACAAUAAAUAUCAAACGAGACUUAUUAGAAGCGGCAUAAGGUAGUUUACCUGUUGUCAUUUAGCGAAAUUGACCAUUUCACUGUCAUACUCUACAAUUCGCGUUCGCAUCGAAAAAAGAUACAGGCCAAGCGCACUGUUGAACCUCUUACCGUUGAAACAACCAGAACGCGUUAUACAGCUACCAACUGCGAGGACAAUAUAAAAAUCGACAUUGAAAAUGGCGACCAAAGUUGUGAAGAUGUAUAGGGCACCUCCAUUUCUCACUUUCGAUUCUUCAAACUCUACCGGAUACAAUCAUACGGAAGCUUUCAAAUACAACCCACGAUCAUUUCUUAUGAAGAACCCAAAGCAAAACAAGCUGUACGCACAAUAUUUUGCGCCAUCGAAGAUUUAUCGACGUCGGUUCUCGCGUGGCAGGAAAAUGUCUUCCCCUGCAAGAUCAGCUUCUUCGUCUUCCAGUUCUUCUUCUACAAAUGGUUCAAAGUCAUCUGUUUCACCACCACCACCAAAGUCUUCUGAUUAUUAUCCUUCGACAAAGUCUACUCCACGUUCAAGGAUGUCUAUUUCUCCUUCUGCGAAAUCAUCCCUUUCUCCUCCACCAUCAAACCCUUCUGUUUCUUCUUCACCGGAGGAGACGGUCGAUACUACUGCUCAGUUAAUUGCAUCUAAUUCUCCUCCGCCAUCAGAUUUAUCUGCUCCUACUCCUCAUUUAGAGAAUUCUGUUUGUCCUUCAUUGGAAAAGAAAUCUGACAACAUAUCUUCAUUCGUUUCUUGCGCUUCGCCAGAUCUACCUCUAUCCUCACUUCCUUCGUCCGUUGUUCCAGCACCUUCUAAAUCUCCUGGGCUGUCGUCUCCUUCAGUUGCUAUCAAAGACGAAAUCACUACGAAACCCAAUUCUCCUAAUGAAGCACUUCCGGAGACGAAGAGCAACAAGAUCAAGAUAAAAUUCGUUGAACCAUCGAAGUUUUACUCUGCUAAAGAUGAAAACUCCACUACUACAUGUAGUUCUCUAAAGAGAUCACGAUCAGACGAUGAAAAUGAUGAAACUGCUUCCCAAAGGGAGUCACCGAAGAAGCGACGACUCAAUCCCAAGGCCUCGAAAGUCCCUAUCCAGACAGCUGUCACUUCCAAGCCGAGUGCAAAACCCUCGAAGGAGGAAUUGGAGAAGAUACGUAGUGAUUCGCUUAAAAAACGAAGAUACUUGGUAAGUCAAUUCCCUUCUUUACUUGCAUAAAUACUCAUAUAUCUUUAGGCCUCGAAAGUACGAAAGGACUCGAGCCGCAUGCCAACAGCCGCCCAGAGGGGAUUGGCCAAUGUUACUGGAUAUGCAUGCUACAGAAACAGUUUAUUACAAGGUCUUUUCCAUCUUCCCAAGUUUUUCAAUUUUUUGAUUGACCAACAUCCUGUGGACACUUGUAAGUUAUGUCCAAUCUGAAUUGUUUUUCAAUUCCCUUUGGUUACUCAUUUGCUAAUUGAUUUCCACAGGCGACAUACCUAAAAAAGAUUGCUUGGCCUGCGCUCUUUGCCACUUGUCUUCGAAAUACUGGACUGUUGGCUUUCCUGCCAAGGAGAUCACAAUUAUGCUGCGAAGACUCGAGGUUCAGUGCAAGCGUCUUGGGUGGUAUCCUGGACCCUCUGGGCAAGGUGAUCCUCAUGAGCAAAUUACCUGGAUGCUGGAAAAGAUCGACAAGCAGAUGAAGGCUUCGUAAGUCUAUAGUUUCUAUUCGUCGCUUACAUGGAACAUGUCGCUGACCUUAAUUCCAGGAGCGUCGCCAGUAUGCAGUCAAUAAUGCAGCUUGUUCUUAGCAGCAGAAUCACAUGCGAUAAGUGCCACAAUGUCUCAGUGGGAGACCUACAAGAUGAACUAGCCUUGUCCGUACCCCUCAAACCACGUAUCCGAGGUGGUUCUCUUUCCUCGUACUUGCAUAAAUACUUGGAUGAGACGAUCGAAGGUUACCGGUGCGAGAAGUGUAAGAAGGUAGGGGACGUUCAUCGUGUACAGUUGAUCAGUCACGCACCAGACAUCUUGUUCGUUCAGCUUAAACGGUUUGGUUAUGAUGGAAGAAAGGAUAAGCUUACGCUUCCGAUCGAUCAUACCCUUGACCUCAGUGCUUAUCGCGACCCUAAUGGAAGCAAGGACUCCAUGGAGUACGAGCUUGUAGCAUCCGUUUCGCAUUCUGGCAGCCUCGACUAUGGGCAUUACACCUGUGAUGCUCGUGGACCUGAUGGUCGCUGGAAUUGUUUUAACGAUGCAUAUUACGACGCUACGACUAUGGCAAAGGCUCUUGGGAGUAACCAACCGUAUUUGUUAUUCUACCAACGCAAACGGACCUAAUUGUCCAUCCGAGGUUAUGGUAGCCACUUUGUAGCGUGCUAGAUCCAUCUGAGUUUGUUGUUUGGUUAGAAAGCAUCAGUACUUGGUUGUGUGCGAGUUAUCAUUUUGUUGGCCUGGGUGUCCCUGCCUCAAACUUUCGUACUGAUGAGAAAGAGUCUAUGGUGGUUCUUGCGUUCUUCCAAAUAUUCAUAAUGGAAUUUAGCUUUCUCUUAUGGUUUGGAUGCCUGUCGCGCUAGGAUUCAUGUAUCAGGUAGAUUGUUGGAUUUGUUUCCUGUGGUUCUGGAUUUUUGUUUCCGUAUGGAUAUGGGUUUGGAUAGAGAGAAUAGGAUUCCUUCUCUGUGGAUUUGGGUGGGAGUUGGCAUGGCGUCUGUGUCGGACGAUACCAACUUGUUUCUAUCUACUUUAUCAUACGAUUAUACUGUAUGGUGGAAAUCCUUGAAUUCUAUCAUUGUUUAUAUAUUUAUGAUUUAUAAGUUCUAUUUGACCAGGUAAGACUUACAAUCUCCCCUUUUACAGAAGCCAAUCUAUAUAAUAUAAUCUUACAAAACCCAAAUCAUAUCCAAUACAAACAUAAUUAU